CCGGAAGGUGGGGCUUUUGUUGCAGGAGAGGUUUGCACUAAGAGAUCCAAUGCCUCUAAAUGCUCUAUUAAUGCAGUCAUCAAGAUAACAUCAACCUUGGGCAGUUAUACAGAUCCUGCUUUGGGUCAGAGAGUGUCUUGGUGCAGAGACGUGUAUGCGUGGGUGUGCGCAUGUGUGUGAGUGUGUGAAGAGACACAAGGAAGAAUCCAGCGAUGGCUACCAGUAAAAAUAAAAACCAGAGUUCUCUGGCGCUGCACAAGGUGAUAAUGGUGGGCAGUGGAGGCGUGGGGAAGUCAGCCCUCACCCUGCAGUUCAUGUAUGACGAGUUUGUAGAGGACUACGAACCCACCAAGGCAGACAGCUACAGGAAGAAGGUGGUUCUGGACGGGGAGGAGGUCCAGAUCGACAUUCUGGACACAGCCGGCCAGGAGGACUACGCUGCCAUCAGGGACAACUAUUUUCGCAGCGGGGAGGGCUUCCUGCUGGUGUUCUCCAUCACAGAGCAUGAGUCCUUCACUGCCACUGUGGAGUUCAGGGAGCAGAUCUUGCGGGUAAAGGCGGAGGAGGACAAGAUCCCCCUCCUGCUGGUGGGCAACAAGUCGGACCUGGAGGAGCGUCGGCAGGUAUCUGUGGACGAGGCCCGAGGGAAGGCCGAGGAGUGGGGCGUCCAGUAUGUGGAGACAUCAGCCAAAACCAGGGCCAACGUCGACAAGGUAUUCUUUGACCUGAUGCGUGAAGUACGAGGCAAGAAAAUGUCAGAAAACAAAGACAAGAACGGAAAAGGAAAGAACAAGAAGAACAAGAAGAGCUUCAGAGAAAGAUGCUGUUUACUUUGAACUCUUCAUGGACCUGAACCACCCACAAUACAACUGUUAAGUUGGGGAACAAAGCAGAGCGUCCUUCCCAUUGUCAUUCAAAUGAAAUUUUAUCUUUUUUUUAAAUAGCUGGUUAUAGUUUAGUAUGUAGAACGAUCUCAACCACUUUUUUUUUGCCAUUUGUAAUUAAUGAAAUCUGAGUUGCCAUUUCAUUGGAAGAUGACCACUGUCGUGACUGUGACUCGGACUGCAGUGCUCGAUGGCUCGUAGUACGCCGAUGACCAAACUGCCACUGACACUAACUCUGCUGCUCAAGACAUUCUCCACUGUUUAACUCAGCGAUUAUACUGCCUUUGACUUGGGUUCAGUGUUUUACACCAGAAUUGUUGGGUCUUUGUCAAGUAAACAGUGCUCUUAAUUUCUUUACCUGCUCUUAGUCCUAACUUGCAUCAUUCUUAGUCCAUUUUAGUAUAGACCCUUCGAAUCUGUGUUCAUCAGUUUACAAGGAACUCAUGCUGCUGUCUGUCAUAUUUGUAAUCAUUUGUGAGGACAGUUAAUGUCUUGUCUAUUGAAGAUGUUGGCCUCAUUCGUUCAUCUGUCCAGACUCUGAUCUCUACGACUUCAGAGCGUGUUUGAAGCUGGAACUUUCAAUUGCGUUCUUUUUUCAGCUUCAGUUUUUUUGUUUGUUUUAUUUUUUUGAAGGUCAUCCAAUGAUUUGUGAUUUCCUGAUCACAGGAAAUCAGACCGUGCAAUCAGAGAACUUGUUGCCAAACAGGGUUAUUGUACUCCAUUUGUAUCAGGCCUUACAUGAUUACCACAAAUCAGUCAUCAGAUGCUUUGCUGUUUCUCAGCUGCUGCAAGAUAAAAUCGUUGGUGACUGUAAAUCACAGUUUAAAAAAAACAAGUGUAUGGUUCGUCAGAGCUUCAUCUAGAUAUUUUAAUAUUUCUUUUAGAUAUUUGAGGCUGUAAAAAGACGGCUGUAAUGUGGUUAGUGGUAUUUUGUUUUGGUAAAUGAGCAGUGAGUAGGAGGAGAGAGUAGAGCUGCUCUUCUUAACGGUGCUCUGCCAUGUUCAUGUAAUGUGGCCCCUCCCACCGUCUCACAGUGCAGAUUACUUCCUGUUUUACAUGACUGUUGAGGUUUGGAGACAGGUGUUGACAAUCCCCGCGGCCAUCGAGCUUCUGGUCCAUGAUGGAAUUAUAAUCAAUAACGUCUUAUUGCUCUCAAAAGUUCUGGUCUCCUUUUUAUUUCUUGGUCUUUUUAAUAACAUGCACUACAUUUUCAGAUACCUAAGAAGUGGACUUCAUGCCGAAUGGAGUCACGCUGGAGAUUUUUUAACAGUUUGUGCCAACAAAAUCAUUUAAAAAAAAAAAAUCAAACUAUGUUUGUGGAUGUACAGAAUGUAUGUUAAUUAACCGAGUGUAUGUGCAUUUCCCAGGAAAUCCCACUACCUUUCAGUGUCUGUGAGUGAAGCUUUGACGAGGGCGCCAACUUCUUAACUGUUGUUUAAUCAAGUGCUACAGUGAACAAGAUGUUUCUACCACUGCCUAAACCAUUCUUUAUAACAUGUCCUCCCUUUUCCCUUGACUUCCUACAGCUGUAGGUAUGCUAUUAUCUCUCUGCAGCGAGUGUUGCUGAAUAAAUGCUUUUUUUCUU